AUGGCGACUGAUGAUAUCGAGACGUCUCGAUAUUCAGCUCCAGGGAAUGGCAGCUGGCAACCCCCAAUUACCUUGGCAGCACAGUUAGCACCGCGCCUCCCUUCCCAAGGGAACCAGACACACAGCCUGAGCAAAGAGACAUUUUCCCUACUUCGUCAAGAACUUGCAGGAGGCACACAUAAUCAACUCCAUUUUGAUGACAAGGUUACAGAUAUCAGCAAAUUGAUAUGCAUCGUUUUGAAAGCAGGCUUGGAACCGUGCACCAAGGAUCCAAAGCCUGAUUCUCAAGGUCAGGUUUUGGAUUGUUUGGAUAUUGUAUUGGUAUCGAUUGAGAAGGCACCUCAAACUCUAACAGAAUAUCCUGAUCCAGCUGUUUUGGGGGAAAGUACGUAUGCGCCGCUCUACGCCUGGUUGGUUGUACGGUUACUCCAGUUGCUCAGUAUUUGGAACAAUGAAGUUAUCAAUUGGAAAGCUAGGGGUAUCCUUACGAGUAUAGUCUGUGCUCAGAAUAGGCACUCUAGGCUUUGGCCCUCUUGUCAUUCCACUGCUGGGCUUUUACAAGCGUGCACAACGGAGGUCUUGCUUUCUCUCGAGAAUCUCAAUAGCCUCAAUCUGCGAGCUGACUCCGAAGUUAAGAUCAUUCUACCGACCCUAGAAGGAAAUCUCCUUGUAGAUCUAGACAGACUCGGCCUACCUCGCAGUCUUUUCAAGAAGAAAUUCAAGCUCGUAUCAUUAUCGCACGCUUUCAAUCUAACUUUUCGCCUCCUCGAUUCAUUCAGAGCGGGGAAUGACAACCCUCCUUUUGUGGCAAGCAAGAACUGCGUUAUUCGACAGAAUGUAGCCUGGGUUUUGAAUGGGUACCAGCGUCUCUGGACCCUCAUUUUUCAUUGGCUCCAGAAUCCGCAGCCAGAUCUCAUAGAAAACAAAAUAAGCGCAAGUUUGCAGUUCGUGAUAUGUAUUCGAUCAUGUUGCAACCAGGGCGUAUCCUCACCAUCGGAAGUCGAACUAAUGUACGGCUUGCUGCGAAUCCUGGAGGACAUUUUUGCAAUGGAUACACUUUGCCAAUUCUCGACUUUACAGAGUGAGUUAAGCCAGCUUUUGGACACCUUCAUUAACCGCGUCAAGUAUAACAGGGCGCUUUUCCAGUGCCUCAGAACUACCAUUUUUCCAGCACUUAGUGGUCUUGCCAAGAUGCCUUGCCGUUUCCAGACUCUCGAGACACAGCUUCAGAUUGCGAUCCGUGGGUUUCUCAAUAAUAUCUCCCGUCUAAGUCUAGAAUGUGGUGGUGCAAAAACUGUCUCCCUCGAGCCAUUCAAAGUCUUUGUAUCGAAAUCAGACCCCCGGUUUCAGCAACAUGAGCUCUCGAGCUCAGCGGUUCAGGAUGAGACUCUUCAGGCGUCAAAACGCCGCUGUAUACCUCGAGUCAGCCCACACUCAGAGUCUGGAGACACAGUUCAGCAGCUUAUAGCAGUUUCACUUGCAUUGAUAGGUUUCACAUCCCCCGGCGGCUUGUGUGACCUGUAUCCGGCUGUUGUGGAUGCCUUUGUUAGCCUUGAUGAACAAAGGAAAUGCGAUCUUCUUAGCACGCUCGGCAAUAUACCGUGUGCUAUGGCUAGGGAACUAGAACAACUGAGUGGCAUGGCGUCGAAUGGUACCCUACUUUGCCAUGUGUGUGAUGGUGAAAACAGUGUAGGGUCGAGCAGAGAAUGUCCUAACAUUGAAGAACUUUGCAAAAUCUUGGCCUACAUUAUUCCAAGACUCCCACGUACCACAAGCCUCAGAAUUGCCGCAAUGGUCACGCUAAGACGAACACUGCUGCAUACAUCGGAUUCGACUUAUUCGCAGCUAGCCUCUUCUGUGUUCGGCGAGUUCUGCCUUCAUUCUCUUCGAAGCUCCGUCAGAGAACUGCGGAUUGUCACUGGGCACUCAAUAAUCGCUUUUAUUUGCAAUGGCCUUGAUAAUAAAACACGUCGCGGCAAUUUUGUUGUCAUUUUAGAAUGGUUAAAAAGCCUCUCAGAAAAACAAGAACCGUCAUUGCAUGAAACAUGUAUAUUGACACUUUGUCGCCUUGCAGCACUUUCCAAUGAUGAAGAGAUGAACAUUAUCCUUCUUCGCCUAGUUGAAUACCUGGGCCAUCCAAAUCCUUUCGUUUGUGCGGUAGCGUAUACUGAAAUUUCAAAACUUGCACAACGCCUUUCAGUCACUGCCGCGGGCUUGUUCAGGCCUUUUUGGAGGACUAUUUCCGUGACAAUAAUGAAAAACUUCCAAUCACGUCCUUACAUGGCAGAACACCUCUGUGAUCUGCUGGGAAUGAAAGUGGACGAUUUCCUCAGGUUGACUGAGCUAUAUGUACUACCACAUCUCGUGCUAACACGGAAGCGAGAUAUUAUUGCUAGGAUAGGGGCGACUUAUAAGGAUGCUAAAACCCCCUUCGAUAUCUGUUCAGAGAAAAAUAACCUUGCAGCAAUCCUGGCAUUCUUGUUAAGUCAAGCGUCGCCAAAUCCACAGGAUAUGGCAAUGUCCGCUUUGUCAGAAAUAGAUACUGCCUUUGAAGGUCGUACCUUGGCGGAGCUUGUACGGAUCGAACCGAUUUUGAUUGCAUGUCAUUUAUUCAAGUGCCUUGGGGAUUCAGGGGAUGAGAAAAGAGCAAGGUUCUAUCGUGCGCUUCAACUCCUAGCAGCCCUCGUCCCACGGAAGUCAGGGCAUGCGUCAAGGAGAACGAAUCUGAUAGGCUACUUCAUUGAAGAGCAUAUUCUUGGUAUAAUCACCGAAUUUGCCCAUGCUAUCAAUGAUUUCCAAAUCAGACAACCCUUGGUUGAAAAAAGAAGAAACAUCAUAGCUAUUGGAGAGAUGGUCAAGGUCGCGAAAGGACAUGUGGGUAGUGCGAUACCCCAGAUAUGUGCCUGCCUGCGGUCCGCCUUCGAAAUCGAAGAGUUGUGCAACGAUGCCUUCACAGUAUGGGCAGUACUAGUCAACUCCUUGCACGACGAAGACAUUGAGCCACUUCUUGACCAGACGUUAUCAAUCGUGAUCAGAUAUUGGGACAUGUUUACAGAGGAUACGAGGAAAUGUGCCUAUGAACUUGUCGAGAACAUUCUGAGAAAUCACAGUAAACUAGUGCACGAUGUUUACAACACCAUGCCAUCGCUUGCUUCCAUUCCAGAGAUGUCCAAAUUUGAAUCCGAACUUACGGAUCUGAAGGGAAGAAUGGACGUUCGAAGUCAGUUCUUGGCAUUUGUCCGACGUUGUCAAAGUGAGAACGCUACUGUCGUCGAACAAGCUCUAACGGAGCUAGUGCCGUACCUCUUAGAGCACGAUGAGUUCAUUCAUCACACUGUUCUUGGCGAGCAACCAGACCCUGUCGUUGCUCAGUUAAUUCGGUCUUUGCUCGACUGCUGUGUAAAGUUCAACACAAGUUCGGAUGUCAUAACUCUUCUAUCAGCUCGGUGCAUAGGCCUUAUCGGCUGCUUGGAUCCAAAUCGGGUUGAUUCAAUCAAAGAAAAGAAAGAUAUACUUGUCUUAUCAAAUUUUGAUAGCAUGGAAGAGACAUUUGACUUCAUACUUUUUUUUCUCCAACACGUGCUUGUCGAGGCGUUUUUGUCGGCAUCUAAUACCAGGGCCCAGGGAUUUCUUGCGUACGCUAUGCAAAAUUUACUCAGAUUCUGUGGUCUUGAUUCAGCUGUUACUCAGCGCUCUCGCGAUGUUCAGGCAGAUAAGAAGUAUGAACGUUGGUCAGAGCUUCCUGAGACGGUUCGCAACACUUUGACCCCCUUUCUCACAUCCAAGUAUACGGUCACCGUCGGCGCUGUUAACUCAAGCUGCACUUACCCAUUAUUCUCGGCCACUCUAACGCAUGGUGAGUGGCUGCGGACUUUUGUGCAGGAUCUGCUGCAGAAGGGGAGUGGUGACAAUGCGAGGCUUGUGUUCAGUGUAUCUAGUCGCAUUGUAAAAGGCCAGGACAUAUCUAUAGCAUCCUUUCUUCUGCCAUUUGCAGUGCUGAACCGUAUAGUUGGAGGCACUCAGAAAGAAAAGGAAGAUUUGCUUUACGAACUGACAAGCGUUCUAUCUCACCCACUUCCAGACUCCACUAACCAUAUAUACGAAGCUAUUCUAUUGUGCAGUCAGAGCAUUUUCGAAAUUUUCGACUACCUUUCGAGAUGGCUACAAGGGAAGAAAAAGCAGCUUAACAGUCUUAGGAGCCAUAACUAUCACUCAAGCCGCUCCCACAGGGAGGCUUGCCCGGAUUCACGUUUGGAUACAGAUGCAUCCCAAGUUAAGGCUGUUGAAUCCCUGCUAGCUUCUAUACCUCCCGAGGUCAUUUCUAAAAGGGCUGUUGAGUGUAGAUCAUUCUCAAGAGCGCUUUUUCACUGGGAACAAUAUAUUCGUCAGUCUAGGAACAAACAGACAGACUCUAAGGAUAUUGAACCUCUUUUCCAGCGUCUUCAAGAUAUAUAUAGUCAAAUCGAUGAGCCAGACGGCAUUGAGGGCAUAUCAAAUCACCUUCAUGCACUUAACAUUGACCAACAGGUGCUUGAACAUCGCAAGGCAGGAAGAUGGGCUACUGCACAAAGUUGGUAUGAGCUACAACUCGAGAAGGAGCCUAACAAUAUCGAUGCCCAGUGGAAUCUUCUCACAUGUCUUAAAGAAUCAGGACAACAAGAUGCCAUUCUUACACGAUUUGAGAUCCUCCGAACGACUGACCCGGGCUCUAGGUUUGUCCCGUUUGCAAUCGAGGCAUCUUGGAUCACAGGAAAAUGGGAGAAGUUGCGCAGUUAUCUUCAGCUUUGCUCACAACAAGGAACAGGGGAUUUUAACAUCGGGGUCGGCUUGGCGCUUGAUGCCAUGCGUCAGGGAAGUAAUGACAGAUUUGGGGAUAUUAUCUGUGGCCUGCGACUCGGUGUUGCAAAAUCACUCAAUGCCAAUUCUGUGGCAUCAUUGCAGUCGUGUCAUGACAGUAUCCUUAGGCUGCACGCCUUAGCAGAGAUGGAAUCUAUAGCUGGCUUAGACCUACGAAGCGAGAAGGAUACGCUUCCCAAAAUCCGCGCUUCUCUGAGCCGCCGUUUAGACAUUCUAGGAGGGCAUAUAUCUGACAAGCAAUACCUUCUUGGUCUAAGGAGAGCUAUGAUGGAAUUGACGGGCAACUUCCCCAAUUCAGACAUAGCUGAUGCCUGGCUUGCCAGUACUCGCCUUUUGCGCAAGGGAAAUUUCACUAACCAAGCAUAUCAGUCGAUGCUUCAUGCGGCUGGUUUGAAAAAUAGGUCAGCCACUAUUGAGCAUGCUAGGCUUCUGUGGAAGGAUGGUUACCAUCGUAAAGCAAUACAAACGUUGGAAGGCGCAAUAGCUGCCAAUGAGUUUGCUCCAGAGAAUACGCCUGAUGGCUCUGACUCGAAUCGUGAAAAACACCAAAACCUACUUGCCGCCAGGGUAGUAUCUCAAUCUCUUUUACUUUCGAAAUGGACAGACAGAGCCGGGCAGACACAGUCUGAUGUCAUAGUACAGAGGUACCGAGAGGCCAUCUACCUACAUUCAAGGUGGGAAAAGGCCCAUUAUUACCUAGGAAAGCACUACAACAAGAUCUUAGAUUCGGAGAAAGCCAAGCCACUAGGGAAAGAAGCACAGAUAUAUUUGAGCGGUGAGGCUUCUAAACUGGUGAUUGACAACUAUCUCCGAUCGCUAGCACACGGGAACAAAUACGUUUUUCAGUCAUUGCCCAAGGUUCUCACCCUUUGGCUGGAGCAUGCGUCUACUGUGGAUCAGCCCUUUGAUCCAAAGAGGGGUAAUAAUGAAGACUUUCAAACACACACUUUGAAGCAAAGGAGAAAGAGUCUGGAUGAUAUGCAUUCACAAUUAAAGAAAUAUGUCAACCGGAUGCCGGCUGCACUGCUGUUCACAAUUCUUCCUCAGGUGGUUGCAAGGAUCUGCCAUCCGAACACCACCGUCUAUGACCUGUUAACGAAGAUAGUCGCCAAGGCGGUAAACUUCUUUCCUCAAGAAGGGCUAUGGAUAGUGCUUGCCGUGGUCAAGUCGUCUUCAAAAGAAAGGGCAUCCAGGGGUAUCAACUGUCUUCAAAAAAUUACGGAAGUAAACAAGAAGUUAAAGACAGAAACACCGUCAGAUAUGCGCGCGAUGAUAAAUCAGGGGCAAAGGUUCUCUGAAGAAAUGCUAAAGUUAUGCGUAGCGCGCGUCGAAAAAGCCUCUAGAAUCAACCUAGCUCGGGCUCUAGGGUUCAAUCACAAAGUUGCCCCUUGUCGACUUGUCGUGCCAUUUCAAGCAAUGCUGACUCCGACUCUACCGACAAGCCAUGAUGCAGAGUAUCUUAAGGGGUUUAGGGCUUUCCCUAGAGACCCAACCACUAUUGAAGCCGUUCUUGACGAUGCUCAAGUCCUGAACUCGCUCCAGAAACCACGGAAGAUCAGCGUUCGAGGGUCGGAUGGAAGGAUUUACAAUAUCCUCUGCAAGCCCAAAGAUGAUCUCCGCAAAGACCAGCGCCUUAUGGAGUUCAAUAACAUGAUCAAUAGGUUCCUUAAAAGGGAUGUUGAAUCAAGCAAACGACGCAUGUAUAUCAAAACAUAUGCGGUUACACCUUUGAAUGAGGAAUGUGGACUGAUUGAAUGGGUUGAUAAUCUUCGAACGUUGAGGGAUAUUGUUAUCAAGCUGCUGAGGGAACGGGGCAUCGCGCCAAAUUACACAGAAAUCGGACAAUAUCUCGAUGAAGCAUGUUCCGAGGUCUCGAAAUUGCCUUUGUUUACUACCAAGAUUCUACCAAAAUUUCCACCAGUCCUACAUGAGUGGUUUGUCGAGAUGUUUCCAGAGUCUGGAACAUGGUUUGCAGCAAGGCUUCGCUAUACUCGGUCUUGUGCAGUCAUGUCAAUGGUUGGAUACGUUCUAGGGCUCGGAGAUCGACAUGGCGAAAAUAUUCUAUUCGAGGAGGGCACUGGCGGUAUUUUGCAUGUUGAUUUCAACUGCCUUUUUGACAAGGGCUUGACUUUCGAUAAACCCGAACUAGUUCCGUUUCGUCUCACUCAAAAUAUGGUGGACGCAUUUGGAGCUUAUGGGUAUGACGGACCGUUCCGGAAGACGUGCGAAAUAACCCUUGGUUUGCUCCGGCAAAAUGAGGAUGCGCUGAUGACUGUACUCGAGACAUUUUUGCAUGACCCAACGACAGACUUCAUUGGGAAGAAACGACGCACCCAUGUUAGUGUUCCAGAGACGCCUGCAGGUGUCCUCGAAAAUGUUCGUAACAAACUCCGUGGUCUUCUACCGGGGGAAUCCGUUCCAUUGUCGGUGGAUGGCCAUGUAGACGAAUUAAUUGUGCAAGCAACCGAUAAAAAGAACCUCGCCGCGAUGUACAUUGGUUGGUGCGCAUUCUUCUAG